AUUGAUAUGUCAAGAUUUGACAUUUUAAUCUUAAUUUUUUAUUUAUUUUUCUAUUUCAACAAAUAAUAAUAAAAUAUUAGAAAUUAGUUCAGUUUUUUCAGUUAUAAAUUAGUAACUGAAAUUUGAAUUUAAAUAUUAACAUGAUCAUCAUAAUGUCUUACUAUUAAUAUUCUUAUUUUGCUUGAAUAACAACAACAUAUGAGCCCCACAAGUAAUACAUGUCUUAAAAAAUAAAAUGCUUUGCAUCAAUGGCCCAUACAGCAUACGUAGCCUAUCUACGUCAAUGAGUCAGUGACAUAACACUUCUUAUUUCUGUCUAGAAAACUAUAAAAUAAAACAAAGAUAUAGUUAAAGAUAUAGGAAACAUGCUGCCAUAUACAUACAAUAUUUUUUUAUCCACUUGAAACAGUGUUGUUGUCAUGUAGUCAUUAAAAUCAUUUUAAAAAUUGUAUAAUAUUUCAUUUUUUUUACAUUCCAUUCAGUAUUCCAUAAUUUUAUUUUUAUUUUAUGAUCCUGCAUAAUAAAAGUUUUUUUUUUUCCUCAAACGUUUUCCGUCUUCAUUUAGUUUUACCUAAAUAUUUUCAAUACUUUAGUCCACUUUCAAACUGCAUCAGCAACCUCGAGGUCCUCCAGAAAUAUUUCAAUAUUUACAGAGAGGGAUAUGAUUUUCUACAUUGUUGAAGCAUUGCAUCACAGCUUUCAUCAGCAGUGUGAACAACACGCCACAGUCAUGCAGACUUCUCCCAACAUGUGAAACCGGACACCUACUUUCUCAACCCUUCCCAAACACUCUUAUCUGCACUUCCAGCUGUCACUAGAACACCAUACACAACAUUAACGCACAAUUCAGACUUUAACUGCAGCAACUGACUCCUAUGAAGUUCAGACGAUCGACAUCGAUAAAAAGUCUCCGAAACUUGCGGUUCAAGAAAACAGUUGAAGAAAGACGGACGGAGGAGGGCGGGAGGAAAGGGAAAGCCAGAGGGGUGUUUCCUCUGCAACAGAGGAAGGAUUGAACUAGUGAGAAAUAAUUCAUUAAACAGCAUGAAAUGUUGAAGUACAUUGCAUUUUAGCUGACAGUCGCGAUGUCGACAUCAGUUUUACGAUAAAAGAUGGAGGAGAAUCCAGACAGCGACAGGCAUUAUGAGACGACCGCUGAUGACCCCUCACCAUCGGGCCGGUGGACCAAAGAGCAAAGUGAGGACUCCCCCCUGGAUGAUCACAACCUACCCAUCAUGCAAUGGGAAGAUUUAAGUUUGCGGAUUGCAGAGCUAGAAAGGCAGGAAGAAGAAAGAAAGAAAAAAGCAGAGAGUCUAGGUUUAUCAGCGCGAGACCGAAUACUUGGAUGCUGGACAGAAUCAAAACACCAUUCACUCCAUCGGGAGCCAUGGACGGAUGAGAAGGACUACAGUCCCUGCCGUGUCCCUGUCAUAACAUCACGGUUUAAUAGUCCUAAAAACCUUCAGCUGUGUUUCAUCAACAACAGCGAGAGUGAGGAGGAGGAUGACGAAGGAGCAUCUAGCAAAGAGAGCUCAUGUGAGGCAGGGGGACAUGGGAGUUGCUCUCGGGGACUAAAACAGGAAGUAAAAGCAGCACUCAGGACUCUCAGAGACAAGCUAUGGGCCGAACAGAAGGAGAAAGAGCAAGCCACCCACAGUAGCAUGAACAUAAGGAGAAAGAUUCUCAGCCUUAGUGAUCUGCAGACGUGCUCUUUACUGCAGUUGAAUGCGCUCAGGGCCUCGCUGAAUGAGGACAUUCAAGAUUUGAGCUCAGAACUGGUGAAACACCUCGUAGUACGGGACCACCUUCGGACUAAGCAAGAUGCUUUGCUCCUGGAUGUACAGGAUAUGACAUCAUUAUGAACUAUCUUUUUGUUUGGAACACUGCGUAACUGCAGUUUAAUGUUGGCACUUUCUGAAAGCAGUAAUUUACUGUUACUCAUCCUGUGGACUAACAAAGGCCAGAAUAUCCUGUUUAUUCUUGAAGAAAUGUAGCCCUCACAGAAACUUUUGUUAAAAAUGUGAGUCACAUUUAUUAUAGUCACAAGUUUUAUUGUGGGAAAAAGUGCCUUAUGACAAACUCUAACGGCUCUGAUUCAUAUGUCACUUACAGUUUAAUUUUACUUCCAUAAAUAAAGAAUAUAUUAAGCUGCUGUCAAAGCCAUAUGUGAUCAAUAACUGUGAUGUAUUAAUCAUCAGUUACUUUAAGCAUUCCAUUAAAAUACAGUAUAUGUAAUAGCCAUGAAAAUAUAAACAUGUGCAUUUUGCAAUCAUGAAUGUGCCUUAUAACUUUCCUGUGUAUCGAACUUAUACAUGAGAAUGAAGUAUAUCUCAGUGCUAAAUAUUCACAAUAAUUUAAUAAAUCAUUUAUUUUAUACACA